UCUCAACCCUCCCCACCUCAAACCAAAGCGCCCUCAUGCCACACCCAUACGCACAAUUCGAGCCUUUCCCAACGGCUUUCGACUUCCAAUCAGCACUCAAGCAGCAAAGUCCUCUCAGAGACCCAACAAUCGCUUUCCCAGAGCGUGCAUCUCCCCUCGGGUCCUCGUUUCCCAAUUCCUCACCCCGCAUCUCCGAGUCUAGCAGUAGAGGCACUCCUCUCUACUCGCCAGCCAUGAGCCUCUCAACGCCGUUCGACGCUUUCCUCGAGCCCGAUCUCUUCCAGUCCCCAACUCCCCCUCAGGCGCCCGCCCCAUUCCAGUUCCCCCACGCCCAGCUAACAGCAGACGGUCACGGACUCAUCCUCCCCGCCGACCCCAACACUGCCCAGUACCAAGUGAACGGCUAUCCUUCCGCCAUCGCCGGCGCGUUCUACGACCCGUUCGCCACGCUCCCAUUGACCGCCUAUGCGCCAGAACAAGUUCAAGACUUGGCACUACACCUCCAGAUGCAGACUACGCCUCUCCAACCCCCGUACCCAGGGCUCAUCUCCGCCGGCUCCCUAUCCCCAACGAGCAGCUUCGAUAGCCCCUUGCUCUCUGCACUCGCCUCUCCCCAGCGACACGCUUCCCUCCCCGCGCUCUCCCAGCCCGGUCUUACAGCUCCCUUCCCGCACCCCCCCUCCCCGCCCAAAAAGCGCCGUUCCUUUUCCCACUCGCACGCUUCCGCCCUCCCCGUCUCCUCCUCAGAAGAAGACGACCUCACCAGGGCGAAGAUCCAUGUCUGCCCUGUAUGCGCACGCUGUUUCUCCCGCUCGCACGAUAUGCGCCGUCAUAUAAGAGGACACAACGAGGGCUCGCAUCAUAAAUGUGACGCAUGCGGAAGGGGGUUCAGGAGGCUUGACGCGGUGAAACGGCACUUGCGCACGGCGUGUCAAGGACAUCAGCGUUGAGGCGACAUCGACACCGGGGUUUCCAAUUCCCAGUAGUCCCAGCGCGGUGCUGUCUAUGCGUCGACGUUCUCCCCCCCAAUCUUGGGCCCGAUUGGAGCCACGAGAAGCCGCCGGUAGAAGCCAAGAGUGCGGAAGAAACCGAUCCCUAGCCUGAGCGUGACCUUGCGGAGAGGGCGCAGCUGACUCAGCAACGUGACAUGACGGCUCGGAGCGGGUGAGCCGGUGCGGAACGGGAGAGUCGCUCCGUAUGAUAUGAUAUGAUAUGACACGAGACGGACCUGAGCUGUUGUGAAGUUUGUAUGAGAUGAGACGAGACGAGGUGUAUUGGAAUCCGCUAUUUUACUUAUCUUUCUCCGGGUCGCACCUAACGGGUGCUGUUGUCGCUGCUCGAGAUCGCCCGGACUCUGUACUACUACUCUGUGCUCUGUGCUCUGUGCUCUGUUCUUUCUGUGUACUUUGUGUGCUCUAGAAUACCUUAUAUCCUGUUAACUUCAAACCGCC